AGUACUACCGUUACGACAUGCAACAACAAAAUGCAUGACAAACCCAAAUGUCAACAAUAACUGACGUUUUGACGUGUUCAGGAGGAAAAAAGUGUAUUAUUGUUAAAUUUCUUCAUUUUCGUGCUUAAGAAUACAGAUUUACGUCUCCAAAGGGAGGUAAAACACCAAAAUGUCUGAUGACUUAUUACAAUUUAAGGACUACAGUAAUACACCCAGCACUAGUAGUCCACCAGCACAAAUAAAUGUCAAUUCUCCAUCGCAUUCAACGGGCUCUGGGCAGAGUGGACGUCAACGUGGAGAUCCCAUGUCUGAUUUGAUUUACGACAUGAGUAAUUCGGCUAAUAUUCUUUCCGGGGGAAUGUCAUCUGGUGGUGGAGGGGGUGGUGGAAAAGACACCGGCCUGCCUGAACCUGCUACAGCAACACCAAGCAAAACAUCUUUCCUAACAAUUGAAUACUAUCAAAAGUUUUUUGAUGUUGAUACUUAUAUGGUGUUGGAACGCAUAGCUAAUUCCAUGAUACCGAAAAGAGCACCAAGCAAUUAUCUUAAAUCACACAUUGGACUUAACCCAGACUUGUAUGGACCAUUUUGGAUUACCACAACCCUGAUUUUCUGUAUUGCCAUCAGUGGUAAUAUAGCCAACUAUCUUCAACACCAAAGCGACAACUAUCAGUGGCGUUAUAAUUUUCAUUUGGUCUCAUAUGCAGCCACUUGUAUAUUUAUAUAUGUUAAUUUCUUGCCUGGUGCCCUGUGGGCUUUGUUUAAGUAUAGCCUAAAACCACUACAGGAAGGACUUGAAACAGAAAAUGCUGAUUAUACACCUUCCCUGCUAAGUCUUAUGUGCGUUUACGGGUACUCUUUGGCCAUCUACAUUCCUGUUUCCAUUCUUUGGGUCAUACAGCUUUCCAUACUGCAGUGGCUUUUGGUAAUAACUGCUGCACUAUUGUCCGGUUCAGUUUUAAUUGCUGUUCUCACGCCUGCAUUGAGAAAUUCCAAAUAUUCCCUUUUCCUAAUUAUUGGUAUACUUGGCGCCCACUUUCUGUUGGCUGCCGGGUUUAUGUUGUAUUUCUUCCAUGUUCCUGCUAACACAGCAGCUGCCGUACAUUCCACCGUGGAAACUAUCAAGCAACCUGUAAAUCAAGCCUUAGAGGCUACAGCGAAAGCUGUUAUCGGUAACAUAACCAAUAAGUAAAAAUCUACGGUGUUCUUUUAGAGGUACUUUUCUAUUAUUAAGUAUUAUAUCAGUAGACGCAAAACAAAAUAAAUAGAAAAAAAAACAAA